CGUGCUUGACGUUGCCUACUACAGCUGUGGAAAAUGAGCGGUGAACAGGUGGUUCGCAUAAUGAUAGACCGGCUUCAAUCUCGACUUCAGCACAUUCUCGGUCGGCAACCUCUGGACCUAGACUAUUUACAGUUCAUAUGCACACAGGAGAUGGUGUUGUUUAGUGCAUUUUCUGAUCAGGUUUAUCUUCCUGAGAGUAUUGUGGAUGGUCUCGCAGAACUGUACAGAUUAGUAACUGAGGAAAAAUCUAAUGAAGUCUUGGAAGUGUUAAUUCAAGUCACUCAUGGGGCAGCUGGACGUCCACGCUUUGAUGUGUCGCAAGAUUACCUGCUGCAUCUACUCCAUCAAGGUCUCCCUGUGUCAUGCAUUGCCAGUCUUCUCGGAGUGUCUAAGCGGACAGUGUACAGACGAAUGGCAGAUUUAAACAUCACAGUUAGAGGUCUAUACAGCACUUUAUCAGACUCAGAACUUGAUAACCUUGUUGGUGAAAUCAAAGAAAGCAUGCCACAUGCAGGUUAUCGGCUUGUUAAGGGAGUUUGCAAGCCAGAGGACAUAGGGUUCAGUGGGAGAGAGUUAAGGCCUCAAUGCAUCGUGUUGACACCAUGGAUCAUGUACCUAGGUGUCGCAAAUAACAAUCUGUCAUCUACAGCCUUGGCCUUCUUCCAGCAGUCCAUUGAACAUUAUGGAUUUCCACUGAGGAUUGAGAGGCUGUGGAGAGACGUGUGGUGUGCAGUAACCACCAUAUACUACAGUGUGCUGCACUCACUGGAAGAUGAUGGGUUCUUUGACCUAUCUAACAACAUGCAUCUUUUUAGUUGCCAUUAUGUGUUCUUGCCCAGAAUACAAGCUAGCCUGGAUGCAUUUCAUGAUGGAUGGGAUAACCACCCAAUUCGAACCGAGGGGAACAUGACACCCAAUCAGCUCUGGGAGAUGGGAAACAUUCAGCAUGCGGUGGCAGAGCCAGAGUUUGAAAACACUGAGGAACUGUACCUUCAACACCUUGACUGGGAAGAUUGUGGCCUGCCUUAUGAUUCACAACAUGGAGUCAUUGUUCCCAUGGCUGACCGCCUAUUGAGCCCAGAAGAGCUAGCAGGACUUCAGGCAGCCAUUGAUCCCAUGGGACCCUCAACGUCAUAUGGCACAGAUAUUUAUCUGGCAACCACUCACUACAUACAGCACAUACUGGGCAAACAGUAA